CUUCCAACUACAUUCCCUCUGGUUCGUAGCCGUUGAGAGUUAAUUCCCUCCCAACUUCAAUUCGAUCGGCCAUUAAAUACACACACCCACCCCUUAAUUCUCUCCAUACUCCAUCCAUACUCGAACAUCUUACGUACAUGUCCAUUUGCAGAUCAUGGCACCCACCGGAGAACAACACCUUCUGUCCACAGAAAUCGUCAACCGGGGAAUUGAAUCGUCCGGCCCCGAUGCUGGUUCCAUGUCUUUCUCUGUCAGGGUUCGCCGUCGGCUACCGGACUUUCUCCACUCUGUGAAGCUCAAGUACGUGAAGCUUGGCUACCAUUACCUAAUCAACCACGGGAUUUACUUGGCCACUGUGCCGGUGCUGGCCCUGGUGUUUGGUGCGGAGGUCGGUCGCUUCAUCAGGGAAGAGCUGUGGCGGAAGCUAUGGGACACUACCGCCGGCUACGAUCUUGUUUCUCUACUUCUUUUUGUUGCUGUCUUUACCUUCACCCUAAGUUUUUAUUUCUUGUUCAGCCCUCGAUCCAUCUAUCUAGUAGAUUUUGCAUGCUUUAAACCCGAUGAUGAUCUCAAGGUGACGAAGGAGGAAUUUAUCGAAUUAGCAAGAAAGUCGGGAAAAUUUGAUGAAGAGAGCCUCGAAUUUCAGAAGAAGAUACUUGAUUCUUCAGGGAUCGGAGAUGAAACGUACGUCCCAAAGGCAAUAAGCUCGCCGGAAAAGAUCUCCACCAUGAAAGAUGGAAGAGCAGAGGCGUCCCUGGUGAUAUUUGGAGCUCUAGACGAACUUUUUGAGAAAACCGGGAUCCAACCAAAGGACGUCGGAGUACUUGUUGUAAACUGCAGCAUUUUCAACCCAACGCCGUCUCUGUCGGCGAUGAUUAUCAACCAUUACAAGAUGAGGGGAAACACUUUGAGUUUCAACUUGGGUGGCAUGGGUUGCAGCGCCGGGAUUAUUGCGAUGGAUUUGGCAACUGACAUGCUUCAGGCGAACACGAACAACGUUGCGGUGGUGGUGAGCACGGAGAUAGUAUCGUAUAACUGGUACCCAGGUCGUGAUCGGUCUAUGCUCAUCCCUAACUGCUUCUUCAGAAUGGGUUGCUCCGCCCUGAUGCUCUCCAAUCGCCGUGGUGACUACCGCCGAGCCAAGUACAGGCUUGAACACAUCGUUCGAACGCAUAAAGGUGGUAAUGAUUCAAGCUUCGGGAGCGUGUAUCAAGAAGAAGACGAACAACGAUUCAAAGGGUUGAAAAUCAGCAAAGAUAUCGUCGAGAUAGGCGGCGACGCCAUUAAAACCAACAUCACCACCUUAGGUCCAUUAGUCCUACCAGUCUCCGAGCAACUCCUCUUCUUUUCCACACUCAUCAAGAGGUACCUUUCCGGCACCACCAAAGACAAAGACGGCGUCACCACCCCGAGUAACUCUUCUCAGCUAUUUCCACCGCCUUCCUCCUCCUCCUCCGCCACCACCACCAAGCCAUACAUUCCCGACUACAAGCUAGCAUUCGAGCACUUCUGCAUCCACGUCACCAGCAAGACGGUGUUGAAUGAGCUGCAACGCAACCUGGGGCUGAGCGACACCAACAUGGAGCCAUCUCGAGCCACUCUCCACCGGUUCGGGAACACCUCCUCCAGUAGCAUCUGGUAUGAGUUGGCGUAUCUGGAGGCGAAGGGAAGAGUGAAACGGGGCGACCGGGUCUGGCAACUGGCAUUCGGGUCGGGUUUCAAGUGCAACAGUGCUGUUUGGAAAUCGGUCCGUGACAUGGAAAAGCCGUCUGCCAACAACCCUUGGCUUGAUUGCAUUGACAGGUAUCCUGGGGAGGUUCUUUCUCAGUCUAACCAAGUUCACCCUCUCAACUUUAGUUGAAUUACACUUGGGUACCUUAUAAAUGUAAGAGGUUUAAACUCUUUGCAAAAGAAAAGGAAAAUAAUAAGAGAUUAUAGUGAGCAAUAUGUUAGGUUGGUCAUAGUAUUGUUGUGUUUUGUUUCAUUUGAUUGUUGAUCACUUAUCAUGCCUUCCGUUAUAUCAUAUCACAAAGAAAGUAUUAUGUGUAUUUGAACUUUGAAGACAGGAAAUAUAUAUAUGUUGUAGUUACG